AUGCUCACAAGUCGUCGUAUUCUCGUAACAUUAAACGCUCGUUCUUUCCGCUCGUUUUCAACCGCAGAGAAGCGCGUGGUGGUCGUUGAUGGUGUGCGUCUUCCCUUUACCAAGUCUGGUACCGUCUACAAGGACGUGAUUGCCUACGACAUGAUGCGUGACGUCUUUAAGGGUCUUAUUAAUAAGACAGCCAUUGAUCCCAAGAUUAUUGAUUACGUAGUGGCUGGCACAGUGAUCCAGGAAGUUGGAACGUCUAAUAUUGCACGCGAGGCAGCACUAGGCGCUGGUAUUCCGAAGCACGUACCAGCACACACAGUCACCCAGGCUUGUAUUUCUUCGAGUCAAGCGAUCUGUUCAGGUGCUGAAAAGAUCCUUUCGGGUCAUGCUGAUAUUGUGUUGGCAGGAGGUGUUGAGACGUUCUCUGACGUCCCUAUUCGCUUUUCAAAACCUAUUCGAGAGCGACUAAUUAAUGCACCAAAAGCCAUGAAGAAAGGACCAUUGGAAGCUUUGAAAUUGCUACGAGGACUGAAACUCUCGGACUUUGUUCCCGUCGCUCCAGCAAUUCAGAACUUUCAUACUAGAGAGAUCAUGGGCUCAUCCAGUGAUCGUCUAGCUACUAGGUUUGGAGUCACGAGACAAGAGAUGGAUCAGUAUACUAUCGAAGCUCAUCAGAAAGCCUAUCGAGCUCAUGUGGAUGGCAAAUACAAAGGAGAAAUCUUGCCGUACAAAGGAAGCACGGAGGAAAAUGGAGUAAACCCUGACUCUACACUUGAAAAGAUCUCGACGUUGAAGCCGGCCUUUGUCAAGCCUCAUGGUACUCAUACAGCAGCUAAUUCGUCCUUUUUGACCGACGGAGCUGCUGCGACACUGAUUAUGUCGGAGGACAAAGCUCUGGAGCUUGGAUACAAGCCAAAGUCGGUGCUGAAGGACUGGCUGUUUGUAGGCGUCGACCCCUUUGAGACUCUGCUGCUAGGUCCAGCGUACGGCAUUCAACAAAUUUUGGCCAAGAACAAGAUAAAAUUGAGCGACAUUGACUACUUUGAAAUCCAUGAGGCCUUUGCUGGACAGGUGCUGGCUAAUUUGAACGCUCUGGCGGAGCCCAAGCACUGCAAGGAGCUCUUUGGAAUCGACCAAGCUGUUGGACGUGUACCAUUGGAGAAGCUGAACACGUGGGGAAGCUCGCUGUCACUUGGACACCCGUUUGGUGCCACUGGUAGUCGAUUAGUGAACACGGCGUCCAACAAAUUGCAGAAAGAGGGCGGUAAGUACGCGCUGCUUGCGGCUUGCGCUGACAGCGGACUUGCCUACGUCGGCUUGAUUGAGAACUACAAGAAUUAA